UUUAAAAGUAAAGACAGCACGAGGCUCGACUAAUCUGCGGUCACCCCUUUUCAUCUUGUUCGCCAAAAUCCCCAAUUUCGAAACCCUAGAUCACAUCAAUCAAGCCAGAAGAAAUGAGCGAGAGGCCGGUGCCAAGAAGGCACAGUCCAUGGGUCGACGAAGAGGUCUAUAAACGCGAAGUCAAAGCUCACAGAUGCAACGACCGCGUCGAAGAUGUCAUCUAUGCACUUUUUGAAGGCAACCCUUUCAAAACAAUUCCAGCCCCUUUCAAGCUAUUUUAUCAGUGCAUGCGAUCAAAACCAGGGGAAGAGCCUACUGAUCCCUUCGUCUACUUGGAUCUGGAUCCUCCCAAAAGAGAGGCGAAACCCGAGGCCAAACCCGAAUAAUGUUACUGUUAUGGAGAGUUAUCUGCAAGCAGAGUCAGUUCCAACUUCUUUUUGUAAUAAAAAUAUUACUAUCUCCUCUUGAAUUCAAUACACUUGAUGAAACUACUGCAAAUAAUCAGUUUUUUUUGUUUUUUUCAAUUUUAUACAUAGUUUUGUCA